ACCUUUAGGACCAUCAAUGGUUGCCCAACUUGUCUUUUGUUGGGCUCAACAUAUAGCAAUAAACCCAUACUCACAUUUUCCCUGAAACAGGUACACCACUGACUCUAAACCCCUAAACAAGCCAAUUGCUAAAACCUCCAGCAGCAGCAGCUGAAGUGUCGAGUGUCAACUAAGAGCAGCAGCAACAAGAAAAGAAAGAAAUGGUGAACAAGGCAUGGAAAAUAAUACCAAGACCAUUACUAGAAACAAUCUUAAACAACCAUGCCCAGCACCACCGUGUCCCCCAACCUCUCAUUCUCCACGGUCCUCGUGGCUCCGGCAAAACCACUCUCAUCCUUGAACGUCUACUUAGAGAUUGGAACAAAGGCCCCCACAUUACAGGCUACGUAGAUUUUGCUCAAUCGGUUGAAGAUCACCACCCGCAACAUAACAGUUCGUUUCCAUGGGCAUCUUGGUCUACAUGUGAAUCUCCAACUCUGUCUAAUUGCAAAAUCCAGCUCGAAAACUGCCUUGAAUCGAUGGCUCAUAAGGGUAUUCGGCUUGGUGCUAUCACUUCUAAUCAAAUCUUUUCCACUUUAAAUAAAUGGCAUCAUCUGGAUACAGCUCUUCGGAGGAUGGUAGUCGAGAGUGGUAACAAGAUUACAUCAAGAUCAAGAAAAGGGAUUUCUGAUAAGGUUUCCGGUUCCGUCCUUUGGGAACGUGCGGUAUUCGCGCUAUCUGUUCGAUCAAAUGCCAAAGAGAUUGAUGAGAUUUUAGAGUUGGAUGAGAAAGGGAAGAAUUUGAGUUUAGAAGAGGCUUCGUAUUUUAGGGAUGCGAUUGUGGCCUUGAGAUUGGCUAAAGAGGUUAUUGAAAUGCAACAUGGGUGGAGAGGUAAUGCCAUUGCUCAUUUGAAUAGGAGCGGCGGAUUUUCUAGGUCCUUGGCCAAUUCUUGUACCGACUGGCCUUGUUUGUUGCUUGAGUUGCUGUCACAAGCUGCUGAGAUUGAUUACUUUCAGCCGAAGCUGGUCAUAAACAAUAUUGAAGUUCUUAAAAAUGCGAUUUUAACAGAUGAUUCAAUAGUGUCUGGAUCAAUGUAUCAUGACAGUUUAAUAUGGAGAAUUAUUGCCUUGGGUGCAAAUGAGAGAUGCUUGCCUGUUAUGCUAGUCACAUCUGAUAGCUACUACUCAUACCGUGCUUACAUGGAUUUUGGAUUUCCAGAUAUAUUCAUCUCCCGUGAGACCUUUGGAUGGACCCCACAGGAAGCUAAAAUGCAUAUGGUUACUGACUACUUCAGUCAUUCAGAAUGGAUGGUUAUUGUUGAGGUGCUGGGACCAAACCCUCGACAUCUCUUUGAGCUUUAUGCACUCAAGCAAAGCAACUAUUGUCAGAAGGUGCUGGAUGAUAAGGGUAGCUCAUUCGAGGACAUCAUAGAUGCAUAUUUGGCAUAUCUGCAGGUUUCUGUGGUGAAUCCUGCCAUGGAUAAAGCAUUGGCAAUCCUGCAGAAGUUUGCCGAUGAUGCACGAAAUGGAAAAGUUCCAAAAGAUAGAUUACGUUUUGGUGCUCCUUGGAGGCAUCCUCCAAAGAGAGAUGAUCCUGCUCUUUGCUCACGAUGGGCUAAGCUUCAACUAAUGGAUUUUGUUCAGUCUCUAGUAAAUACAGAUUUUGGGGUUAAUUAUCUAGCUGACUGUAGCCUUGAGAUCUUUGACGAUCCUUGUACUCCCGCAUUGUUAGAGGUUGGUUUGCUUUAUGCUCAACGUGAUCCAUCCUUCAUUCGUCCUGUAUCCAGAGGCAUUCAGAGAUGUCUUUUGAGAUGGUUUGUGCAAGAGAAAAUGUGCAUGAAUUCCUGGGAUCUGCUCCAGCUCCUGUGGCAGCGGAUUAUACGUGGACGUAGCUACCGUCAUUUGAUGCUAGAAGUGGGGUAUAAUAAAUAAAUCAGAUAAAGUAUGAGCUUCACCUAAAUCGUCAGCUAUCCUUAGUUCAUUCAAGUGGCAAUAAGUGUUCAUAAAUCUCACCAUUAAAAAGGUGAUAAGCUUCUCUCUCAACAAUAAACGGGAACCUGGAGCCAAAUGAUUGGCUUCAAAUGGCUGGUUCUCUGCUGCACCACAGUUUGCAGAUGAUGAUCAGCAAAUGUUGAUUUGGAGGAAAAUUUUGAUUACUAUUGCUCUGGUAAAUGGCCCUUGGCUUUGAAUGGUAUUAAAGGCGCAAAAUUACAUGAAUCCGUUGAUGACGAAUCAGAACGCUUCCGCACUUGGAGAUUAUUCUUUUGUACAUAAUGACAAUUCAAAUGGAAACUGUGAUAGAGCAAGCUAUCACUUGAAAAAAAAUUCCUGUCUAUUCGUUGUAACACCUGCGCUAGGCAGUUAUAAAAUAUGUGCAGCUCUCUUAUUUUAUUUGUCACACAAACUGUUGUGUGGCGGAGAUGGUACAUGUUCACAUUAUAUAUAAUUCAUCAAUCUACAUUUAGUAUCAUUAUUGGAA